GAUGGGACGUUGUCGAGCUCCAGCUACGUGGGCUGAAUCUGAUUUCCAUGGGCUGGUCCCGAGUCGAUGGCAUAUAGAAGUCUACUUGCUUUGCAAUCGUCGUCGCUCCCUUGCUUGGACUUUGGUUUCUGGUCGCUUCAGUAAAGUUGGAGAGAAGAAGUCUGUUCACCCCUCUUAAGACCAUAGGACCCCAGGUACUGAUGAAUCUAUUCAACAAUGUAAAUGGGGCCCCUACAUUGCGAUAUCCGAGCUUCCUUCUGAAUUUACUCCUGAUCUACCCGCUAAUAACUGCCGCGUUCGGAUUUCCACCCUGUGCAAGAAAUUUGCUGGGAGCCAGGAAUCAAGGAGUGUUUAAAAAUGAGGAGGACGCCAGCAGCUUCUUGGGUCGCCGACUGCACUACAACCAGUUUGACUUCGAGGUGUUCAUCAUGGGAAAUCUGGAGAGAGAGUGUUAUGAGGAGCAAUGCAACUACGAGGAAGCCAGGGAGAUAUUUGAAGAAGACAAUUCGUUGGUGGCAUUCUGGAAGGACUACUCACAACGGAUGUCAAAGGAAGGUACAGAAAUAAAGAUUGACGUCAUUGGGCUUCUCACGGGUCUAAUUUGUGCAGGAACCUUACUGGUCAUAUUUGGACUUCUUAGUUAUUACUGGUACACAGUCUAUUGUUACCCAAGAAGACAUAUUCCAAUUCCAGAAGAAGACCAUGACUGUAGAACUACAUGCAACAGUUCCAGGACACAAGAGUCGUUUCCAUUACAGAAUACCGUAUCUUCCUCAACGGAGAAUGGACCACCCUCCUAUGCACAAGCUGUGGCAAUGGAUGCGGCUUAUGAUGUCCCACCACCGCCUUAUCCCGGGACUGUAGACCCAAAACUCUACAAAAAGUCCCUCUCGAUUCCUGCUUCUCAAGGGCUUUGAGUAGGUAAAGAGUGCGUUGGAGCUACAAUUUACACAGUAGAAAACCUAUAGGAUGGAGGAAAGUAUAAGAAUCCCUUUUACCUUUAGGGAAUGAGAAGAGCGGUGUAUGUGAAACCAUGGUGGAUUAUGGAACUUUUUUUUAACAAUUCAUCAUUUUCCUGGUUUAUAAGGUGACAUUCUGAGGGAAUGCCUGAAAACAUGAACGAAACAUAAAAUGGAAUUGAGGUUUAGGAUUAUCCUGAUGGAUUCUGGAUCUUCUUUUAUAGACUGAGAUGAUGAGAAGGUUCCAUGAGAAGGGAUGGAGCACAAAUGAGAACUUGAAGACACACAAGGUGUGUGUGACUCUUCUUGGAGUAUACGCUCUACGGCCAGGAGAUAUUGUACGGCCUGUUGGUUUGGACACGUAUUGUAUUCCUGUACUUUCAUUGGGGUGCAUAAAGCGGCAGAGAAUUUUAUAAUGAAUACACACGUUACUAAAAAAUGAUCCUGAGAAUGAAGACUAUAUGGCGAUGUAGAAAGCACCGUGAAAUAAUAGUAAAUGAUUAUACAGCACGUAUGCUAGUCCUGCUUUUGUAAUACAAGUGUUAUACAGGGUCAGGCUCUCUUCACAUCUCCUCUUCUGAUUUAUGUUGUGCCAAUGAACAGAACAACGAAAAUGAUGGACAUGCUGCAUCCAGUAGCAGGGGCACCUGAUGGAACCCAUUGACUAUAAUGGGGUUUGUUGGGUUCCGGUCAUGGUAUCUGUCAUUUUUUUUAAGGGAUUUGUGAUGGAACCCCCAACACAGAUGUGAACACAGCCUAAGGCCCCAUGCACACAGACGCAUUUUGCGAAAACUUGCGUCUGCGGAUGUGGUCCACGUGCCAUCCACAUUUUAUUUGCGGGACCAUUGUUUUCCAUGGGUCUGUGGUCCAUAGUUUGCGGAUAUUGUCUAUGUUUUUGCAGAACCGACAUAUAGAUGCAGAAAGCACUCGGAUGAUCCAUGUGCUUUCUGCCUCUGUAUGUCUGUUCCGCAAAAUGUGGACAUGUCCUCUACUUGUCCACCAAAUACAGACACAUUGAAGUCAAUGGGUCCACAAAAAAGGCUGAUGUAACACAGACUGCAUCUGUAUUUUGCGGAUCCGUAAUCUGUGGACCGCAAAAUGAAUACAGUUGUAUGUCGGAGGCCUAAGAGUGCAUGAUAACACAGUGUCCUGGUUCACAUCCCUCCUUUGUCCUUUAUAUGAGUUGACCAGUGAUGUCACCAAUGCCGUACAUGGGUCACGUGGCCUAGUUGCAGCUCAGCCCCAUUGAAGUCAAAUGGGGCUGAGCUGCAAUAUCAAGCACAGCCACUAUACUAUGUACGGCGCUGUGCUUAGUAAACAAGUGGGAGGCUGCAUUGCUGACCAGAGCUCCGUUAAGCGUUGUGGCUCCCUGAAACAGCUGAUCAGUGGAGGUGCUGGGACUCGGACCCCCACCGAUGGGAUAAUGAGGACCUAUCCUCAUUAUUAUUUUCUGGAUAACCCCUUUAAAGUGGUAUUCCAGGAUUUUAAUAUUGAAGUCUUAUCCUCAGAAGAGGCCAUCCAUAUUUAAUCGUCAGGGGUCUGACACACCGCACCUCCACUGAUCAGCUGUUCCAGAGUAGAUCCUGCACCGGAAGUACACAACUCCAUCCAUUGGGUUGUGGAUGGAGCUGGGAACCGCAGCGCUGCUCCCAUUGAAGUGAAUGACAGUAGCGCUGCAGUUACACCAUAGGCGUCGCUACAUGGGGGUAAGGGGGGGCAAUUGCCCCUCUAGGUUAUUCCUUGC